GGUAAAGAUGCCAUUUCCUUUCUAGCUCAUAGCCUCAUGAGCAUUAUUAAUUACGAGUAUAUCCCAGUAUAUGAUUUUGAGUUCCCUGUUUAGCACUAUUAGAUUUAUUAGGGAACAGUUAACUCGGCGUCUCUGCUCUUGGUUUUGAGUUUUUGACGAGUAUACUAGCUAGCAACCUCGCUGGAUCUCGUCCAGGCUGCACCAGUCCACCGCCUCCUGACUUCCUUGUCCGGUUUGGGGGGCAUUAAAGCCGUCCUCAAGAUGGAGAGUAUAUGCGUGUCUGCAUAUGGGUUUGUAUAAAUGAAGCAAGUUCAACCGUUGAAGUCUUGAAUAAGAAUGAUCCCAUCAAAUUGUAUCCGCGCCUCUGCUCUCCAGCUUCCACGCCUCUCUUGUCACUCCACCAGGUCUUCCCCAAUCGAACAGAGCUAUGCAAUCGAAACUCGCAAUCUGAGAUAUUCGGUUCUUACAAAACAGGGAAAACACCUCACAAUUCUAAAUGAUUGUUCUUUAAGCAUCCCUUCUGGCCAGUUAUGGAUGCUUCUUGGACCCAAUGGCUCAGGAAAAUCUACUCUUUUCAAGAUUUUGGCGGGGCUUUUAUGUCCCAACAGUGGUUCUUUUUAUGUGAAGAAACCAAAGAGUUUUGUAUACCAAAACCCGGAUCACCAGGUGGUGAUGCCUACAGUGGAAGCUGAUGUAGCAUUUGGCCUAGGGAAAUUCAACAUAUCCAUCGAUGAGGUCAGACCUAGAGUGGCAAAAGCUCUAGAGGCUGUUGGCAUGUAUGAGUAUCUUCAAAAACCAGUUCAGAUUCUUAGUGGAGGUCAAAAACAAAGGGUAGCCACUGCUGGUGCUUUGGCAGAGUCAUGCAAAGUAUUGUUGUUAGAUGAACUUACUACAUUCUUGGACGAAAAUGAUCAGAUUGGGGUGAUUAAGGCUGUGAAGAGCUCUAUAAAUGCUUCUAAAGAACUUACUGCAUUGUGGGUGACCCAUCGUCUUGAAGAACUUGAGUAUGCAGAUGGUGCUGUGUACAUGGAAGAUGGUAGAAUUAUUAUGCAAAGUGACGCAUCGAACGUAUUGAAAUUUAUUGAAGCUGGGAAGACUUCUUAUCUCGAUCAAAUUGAUUCAUAAUUUUCUUUUCCUUCUGAGAAGAAUCAGUAUUACCUUUAGGUGGAAUCUUCUAUGGUAGGUUUACUUCUAUUAUGUUCUUUUUCAUCUUUGAUGUUUUUUUUUAAAUUAAAAUAAAAUUUGUUGAAGUUUCAAGAGGGAUUUUUUAAAUUUCUAUUAGUAUCUAACAACUACAUUAAGAGUGUCUGAUGAUUUGUUUUUUUCGGUUUACCAAAUAUGUAACUUUGAAUUUCACAUGUUAAAUUGUAUAAUAAAAAUAAGGUAAAAGUUACUUUUUUG